UACACUGUGGUAGGUGCCAGACGGUGUGAAAACUGAUGGACUGCAUUUCUUAGUUGAACAGCGGAUGAAAUCUGCUCUUUUAGCGGUUAGAAAUGAGGAUGUUUAAGCUGCUUUUUUGGACUGGAUGCUUCAUUCUGCUGUCAGUCACAGAACAAGAUACAGGUGAAACUGAGAUAUUUUGCUCCUCUGAGCCGGUAGUGUCAUUCUGCGGCUCCAGCAUCGUUCUACAGUGUCACCUCGAGCCCCAGCAGGAUGCAACAGACAACACAGUGAAAUGGACUCAGCAGAGUGAUGUUGUACACGUUCGUAAAGAUGGAAAAGACGUUCCUGGAGAACAAAUGGAGAGGUUUGAAGGACGCACGUCUCUGUUCUCUGAAGGUCUCCGUAAUGGAAAUCUGUCACUCCAACUUUCCUCUUUAAAACUCUCCGACUCUGGAAGAUACAAGUGCUCCUUUCAGGUCGGCUCAGUGGAGAAGAGUUGUUACGUCAACCUCAGUGUUAACGGGUAUGAAGUGAUCGGCUCACCUGAGCCAGUUACAGCAGAGUCGGGUCAGGAUGUGGUUCUACCAUGUCGCCUAGAACCAGGGUUUGAUGCAACAACUCUGACUGUGGAGUGGAGACGGAACAACGCUACGGUGCAUUUAUAUCGAAGUCAGAAAGAUGAUAAUGAGGAUCAAGAUCAGAGGUUUAAAGGCAGAACUUCUCUCUUCCAUGAUGAAAUGCAUCAUGGAAACAUUUCCCUCAAACUGAGAAAUGUUUCUGAAGAAGAUGCAGGAAAUUACAUCUGUUUUGUUCCUAAGUGUCGGGAGAAAAAAGGAAACAUUGCUCUGAAAGUUGUGUUGAAGGAUGAAGAUCCAAACAAGAAAGGACUUGUCAUUGGUCUUAUUGUCACUGCUGUUGUUGUUCUCAUUGCUGGUUUAGUUUGUUAUAAACAUUUAGAAGUGGGACAAGACAGACAGGAGGACAACAAUCAAAGUGAAAUCAGACGACGUUGAAUAAAAAUAUGGAUUUUUAAUUUUUUUCUGUUACUCUUCCACCUAAGGCAAAAGAAGUUUUUUUCUCUCAUUUAGUGGGUAGAUUUGAGCUCAGAUAAAAACAGAGAGAAAGUAAGAAAAAAAGAACCAGGCCAGUUUAGAGACUUUAUUAUUUCAGGGUAACUUCACCUCAUCUUUAAGAGAGAGGUAGAGAAACUCAUUUCAGACAUCUUGUUCUUUUUUUGUCUACCAACAGCUCAUAGGUGAGAAAAAAAAUUAGAACCUAGAUAGAUAUUUUAUCACCCGCCUUCUUUCAUCGAUUAGCAAAAUUCGGUGACAAAACUAAAUUCUCUGAUAAAAAUAGUAAAAGCUGGAGAGACUCAACCAAUCCAAAGCUGCUGGUCCAGAUGCCAUCAGUCCAGACUUCUAAAGACCUGUGCCAGCCAGCUGUUUCCAGUUCCUCAGAACCUCUUUUAUACUCCUGUGGAAGACCUCCAGUCUUGUUCCAGUCCCCAGUAAACUGUCCCCAUCUGCACUGAAGGACGACCCACCUGUGGGUGCAGCGUGGCUGACUCACUAGCUUUGGACCUCAGGCUUCUUUGCACACAACACACGCACGUCGGAAAGCAAAGUCUUGAAGUCAAGUUCUUCAUUUUACCAUUUAAUAUCAAAUUAAACUUGAACAUAUACAUAAAAAGGACUGAAAAUUUAGACUUUCUGUUAAACUAACUGAAAUGCGGUGUAGGUCAAAAGACUGUGUUGCUUCAAGGUCCAGUGACUUCCAAUCUACUUUUUCUUGGCUGAUUCCCCUUUUUUUAAUUUCAGUCUAGCAGCCAAUCAAAAUCCACUAAUAAAAGAAGAUCAUUUCAACUGCAACACAGAACUAUAGAAUAAUUAGGAUUAAGUCCUAAUAAAAAAAAAAAAUGGCUUCAACACAUACCGACCCCUAAUUGACUAGGCUGUAGCAUA